AUGAUAAAGACACAGCUUGAACCUGUGUUCCAAAGGGCUUUCCCUUCCUCCUUCAACUCCUUGGACGUGGUAUCAUUCAGAAAUGGCUCAAUCAUCAACGAAAUGAAUGUUCGCUUUGCAAGCACAUUUGUUCCUAAUAACACUCAGAUUGCAAGUGUUUUGAUCAGUGCUGCUUCAACCGUCACCGGCUUUGACAUUGAAGGCAGCUCAAUCAACGUGAAUGGCACACGAACAACUAGUCCAACAACUACCACAGCAAUAACAACACCUGCUCCCACAACAACUACUGCAGCAACAAAACCUGCUCUCACAACAACUACUGCAGCAACAAAACCUGCUCUCACAACAACUACUGCAGCAGCAACAACCACACCUGCUCUGACAACUACUGCAGCAACAACACUUUCUGCAACAACAAAUACUGCAGAAACUACACCUGCUCCCACAACAACAACUCCAGCCAAUACUACUACAGCAACAACACUUGCUCCCACAACAACUACUUUGGCAACAACAACAGCGCCAACAACAACACCUGCUCUCACAACAACUACUGCAGCAGCAACAACAACAACAACAACAACUGUUCCAAUAACAACUAGUCUAGUAACAACUACUACUACUACUACUACUACUACAACAACAACACCUGCCCCAACAACAACUACUCCAGGAACUACUACUACAGCACCAACACUUGCUCCCACAACAACUGCUGCAGCAGCAACAACAACAACUGCUCUAACAAGUACUCCAGAAACUACUAUUACUACAACAACAACACUUGCUCCAACAUCAACUACUGCAGCAACAACACCUGUUCCCACAACAAUUAUUGCAGCAAUAACAACAACACUUGCUCCAACAACAACAAAAGCAACAACAAAACCUGCUCCGACAACAACUACUGCUGCAACAACAACAACUGCUCCAACAAGUAGUUCAGUAACUACUACUACUACUCCAACAACAUCUGCUUCCACAACAGCUACUGCAGCAGCAACAACGGCUGCUCCAACAACUACUCCAGUAACUACUUCUACAGCACCAACACUUUCUCCCACAACAACUACAGCAGCAACAACAAUAACAACUGCUCCAACAACAACUAGUCCAGUAACAACUACUACAGCAACAACACUUGCUCCAACUACAACUACUGCAGCAACAACAAAACAUGUAGUACGAAGAUUUUUAAGUAAUCAGCAAAAGAUUUGGUUUGGCCCCAGUCAAUCCCCUUAGUAGAGAAUGUUCCGAUUUUUCACACAAAAAAUGUGCACACUGCCCAGAAAAACACAUGAAGAAACUUAAUGUUUUUGUAAAUAAUGAAUAGCUCAGAUUUUUUUCUAUAUCCUUUAUUGGUGCCCAUCAUUAUACGUUCCUCCCGUCGGUCUGUCUCCUGGCCACAAUUAGUUUUCUACACUACCACAGGAACAUCUUUCACUCUUGUAUAGUCUACGUACUAUAUCAAAAAAAACUAUCUUGUUCAGAUUUACAGGAGGAAUUGAUAAAAAGAGACAUCAAGGGGAAUACAUCAGGACAAACUAGAUUAUUUGCAUUUCUUGAAGGAAAUAUGUGUGAUUGCUAGAUAUGCUGCUGCUGCAGAAGAAGAAUUAUUUGAAAUAAAGAGCUAAGAUAACUAAAGUCUUACAAUAAGUCUGAAAUUAAGAGUGAAGCAAACUACACUACAUCUCCAGCCCACUGUACCACUUACACAAACAUACAAGUAAUAAGUGUUUAAAUGCAAUUUAUUUUCUGUUUCUGCAGCUUGAACCUGUGUUCCAAAGGACAUUCCCUUCCUCCUUUAAGUCCUUGGAUGUGGUGUCAUUCAGAAAUGGCUCAAUCAUCAGCGAAAUGAACGUUCUCUUUGCAAGCACAUUUGUUCCUAAUAACACUCAGAUUUCGAGCGCUUUGAUCAGUGCUGCUUCAGUCGUCACCGGCUUUGACAUUGAAGGCAGUUCCAUCAACGUGAACGGCACACCAUCAAGUGGAGUAAGCCACAAGAUCAGUUUCAUUACCGCAUCCUGCCUGGUACUGUUGUCCUGGAUUUUCUCAAGCCAGCAAUAGCUUCAGUGCUGAAUUCCAUUUCAUUGCUAUCAGAACAUGAAUGCCAUCACUGGUAUGAAAAGGGACUUUGUUGUUAAUAGUCCAAGAUUCAAUAUUGGUUUUGGUCUUUGGUCUUGUAUGGCUUCGGAUGACCUUACAAUCAAAUGUACCUUUCCCUGACCGGAACUAUUAAUGACUAUGAAUUAGGUUUGUCUGUCGAACACUUUAAGCACCCGGUCCACUGAAUUGUGAUAAAAUAAAAAGCUCAACCAAAUAACAGUAUUUAUUAAGCCCUGGGAUGUCAAUUAUUAUUUGCAAUAUUUUACUAUUUAUGUCAAAUGUAAUAUAUAUAGUACAUGCAUUUUGGUUCUCUGGGCACUGUACUAUAAAAAUAUUUAACUUUGUGUAAAAAUCACUCUCACCAUUGCUUGAAUGUAGUUUCCAAAAGCAUGUAAAAUUCAUGUUUAGGUUUCACUUGCUAACCUAGCUGCAUGACAUACUAGCAUAACAUAGCAGCACGAACAUAGCAACAUAACAUAGGAUAACAACACAACAUGGUCAUUGUAUAAAUUAUAUAUAUGUAUAAACAACGCUUUGUCAAUUUUUUUAUUUAUGCAAAGUUUAUUUAUGUAAUCAUAUGUAAAGCUGUAUUCUAUGAGACUUGUUGUAGUUUGCACAAUUUCUGUCAGAAACUUUACAAUGAUCAGAAUACAAAAUCUUUCAAGAAUUUAAA